AUGAUAUAUCGAUUACUAUCUAAGGUCAUCAGCUUUAAAUCCAGUGUGCCCGAUAAUUCCAAGGGUUCUGAUGAAGACCACUCAGAAUGGGACAUGUAUGACAAGGAGCUAGAAGAAGUGGGUGAUUUUUUAACCACAACCCACCUGGGGCGCUUACUCGCCGCUAGAGAUCCCUCGCUCAUGGAGCUAUCUGAAGUCAUGAAGGAAUCGAUACUAAAGAACAGGAUUAAGAAUACCGAUAAAAGUACUGAUCGUACUUUUUAUAAUGAUUGUGAAGCUAUCAUUUAUGAACAGUACAGCAAACUGCGUCCUUAUUGUUCAACUCAGUCACCAGGCGAAACCUCUGAAAAUUCUUCCUUAUCAUCAUUGCCUAAAUUACAUUCUGUCAGUUGUAAAAUGAGCAGCUAUAAGAAAUCUUUCAAUUUACUUCCUUCCUUUUUAGUGAAGGUUCUACUGCGGCGCUGGCAAUUUUCACUUGGAGGGGGGACCGGAGCUGAAACCCCACUUGACAACGCUAAGGAGCUCACCAAUUCGAGUUUAUUAAAGCCUCCUUCAAAUUCAUUUGAAUCAAAAUUUCUGAACUAUAUUGAGGUGGUGAUUCCUUGUUGGAAUACGGUACUGGCCUCUAGUCCGGUUCACUAUGGGCCAAUUUUCUUGGAUCAUGGUGUGGAGCGCUGUGUGGUGGACACGUUACCGUUACUUUCUAAUUUGCUCCUAAGCUCUGAGCGUGCACAUAAAGAUGAAGAUAUCGAUUGCGUCGGUGGUGAAAAGAUAGAAUACAGAAAACCUUCAAAAGGGCAUAUUCUUCACCUGACCGAAUUGCUCCUGGAUGUAUUACUACGGCUAUACCUUAGACAUCCUCCUGAAAGCACUAGUUUGUCUCACAAAGUUUCUGGGAAUGGAGCUGCAGCAAAUGCCGAUUAUCGUGCAACACAGCUAAGCAAUCAAGAGCUUGCUCAGGGUUCUCCCGACCUUUUCUUGAGAAGUAAAAUCAUAAGAGCAGCCAUGGGGUCUGAUUCAUCAUUUUCAUCUUACAAUGUGAACCCCCAAAACUCCGUGGUUUCCCACGCAAUGGUUCGGGAGCUAGUUGCGUUGUUGACGCAUAUUUCAAAAGUGUCCGUGAUUUCUCCAUUAUUUUCUUCGAAUAUAGCACCCAAUGCUAGUGUAAUUUGCGUUAUCAGCUCCAAAAUCUUCCUUAUCCUCUCUGUGCUUCCGUUCUUGCAUAUAUCCAAUUCUACAGCAAUCGACUUGGAUGAAGCGAAGCAAGCUGUGAAUAUGUCCGUAACGACACUGAACAUUUUUAUGGCUCAGUUUAUUGACGCGUACUCAAGAAGUUUCACAAUUUGUCCUGGAAAUUCUGGAAUGAUUCCCAUUAAGUUGGCUGAUUCCACUAUUUUUAUUUUUAAUCAGCUGACAUGUGGAAUGCUACUUAUCACUCAUUGGUUACGACAGUCCCCUGUGAUCGUAUUACAAUCUUUAAAUAACUCGAGCUUUGUAGAAAACUUAUGCUCUAUCAUGCGGUUCAUAGGGAUGAACUUCACCAAUGCUUCGUAUUCAAAGCAUGAAAAAGGCAACAAAAGCGAUACUUGGUAUUGUGAUCAAAAUCAUACGAGCUCGGCCCAACUAGAGGCGUUUGUCAGCUUUGAUUAUUUAAACAAUGAAGAUUUACUCGAAUUGAAGAACUGUAAGCGCGCUUUGGCACGACCUGAGUUGGAGUAUUACCCUGUAGCGGCUGAAGAUGCAGUUGAUGAAUUUCUAUACAGCUAUUUAGGUCUUCUUACCGCACAGCGCUCAGUAAGUCGGUCACUUUUGGUGCUCCAAGACAAUGCUUAUUUCAAUAUUUUCAAUCAAGUACGCUUAACGGUCCUAAAAGCCUUCACGGAUUAUGACUCACGGUCACAAUCGAAUUCAUCUGAGCGUGAUAUGCAUGAAAUGAACAUUCAUGAUGCAGAUUUGGCAUCUAUAGGAAAUACCAAUUCUGGUAAUGCCAAUAUUCAGGAGUUAUUCGGUCCUUCCUCACCACCAAUGGAAGUGGUCGACAACGAACUCGCUAAUAAAGAAGGUAGCGUUUUCAAAAAGUUUCCAAAGAGCAAACUCUGUGAUAAUUCCUGUCUCUAUGAUCUUCUUAUCCAACAAGCAUUAGGUUCAUUGCCGAUCAAUAGUUACUUCGCUAACUCUCAUUGUUCUUCUCAAGAAUCUCCAUCUCAGGGACAAGAUGCUUCCGUCAAUCAACAUUUUAGCUCUACCUGCAGCCCUGAUGUUGUGGCUCAGCUAGAGGAUUUUCAGCAGCUAGUGGCUGCAGGACUGUAUCAAGUUCUUUUUAGUGAAACACAUUUUUGCAGAGCGUACCGCGAUAUCCCACGACUUAGUUAUGUGACACUCUACAUACUGCAACAAGCAUUCACCUUUGCAACUGGCGAGCUUACACCUAUUCACAACGAAUCUAAGGGAAGGGUUCAUGACUCUGAACCAACAAUGCCUGCUUUGAGUCGUAAUGUGGGCUUUGAUCGUGAGGUAAUGGCAGCGCUGACUAUCUUUGCUUCGAACCAUAAUGCAUCAUUUACUCUAAAGGAAUCCAAACAACGUACGGUGUACCUGUGCAGUUUAUGUGCAGUCUUGGUAUGUGCACUAAGGGGACCCAAGGGCAAUGUCGUGCGAGGCACAUUGAUGUCUCACGAAGGGUUUGCGCUAAUGACGUCCGUCGCAGUUGAGCUUUGUCAAGGAAGGCACCUUAAGACACCCACAAAGUUUUACAAUGGGAUAAUCGAUGUAGCCCUUGGAGAAAAUGAUGGGGAGGUUCAUCCUGUAAAGACAAAUCGAACAUGCAUUUACUCUUCAGGUGCUCUUGUGUGGCGUUGGACAACACACCUUCUACUGGAGCUUACUCACGACGAGUCGGCGGUGAUCGCGGUUCUAUCCAGGUAUCUAGGCCAGGUCUUUUCGCUUUUAUUAUGUAAAGAUCUGUUGGAGGUAGGGGAAGAGAUUAUCAUUAGACUUUUGUGUCAUUGGCCAAGUACUACAAGUUUGGAUAAUGCAAUAGGAGAUAGCAAUAUUAAAUCCAUACAGUGUUUGAGACCGCUGGUUUCAAUUAUAUGGGAUGUUAUUGGUUAUUCUGAGGAUUUUGAAAGUGCUUUUUGUAUUAAGGGUAAACAUGGCUCUCAUUUCGUUGCAAGUGCAAAAGGUGAGGAACCUUCCUUUGACAUUAGCACUACAAAUUUUAUCCACACAAUGCAAGGCUCUUCAAUAAGCACGAGCUGUGUGUUUGAGGAUAUAACAGUUUUGAUUUUACGGUGUUUACGGGGAGCUCUUUAUAGGUUGCGACACAGGCUUUCAGGUUCAUCGCUGCAUCCUGUUCGCAUGUUGCAGCACAUCUUGUGCAACCAAAACACUUCCGGCGACUGUUUUCUUAAGCUUAUUCACUGCGUAUCGCGUCCAUGGUCGAAUCCAAUAAUGCACGCUGAAGGUGUAAAGUCUGUGCUCCAGACCCUUACAAGUCUCAUCGCCUUCUCUCCCGCGCUUCGCAACCAUCUGUUUUCUGUCAUCACCCCUGACGAACUUGUAAAAUGCUUCAGUACAGAGUGGUUUGCUAUGCAGCCGAACGAUUGGAAGGGAUUUAUCGAGGCCUUUGUUGUUUUUAUUUAUGAGGACAUAGACAAAGUAGAUCAGAGAGCUGAAGAAAUACCUUCAGCGUCUCGAGAAGCAGGAAUCCCACCUAGUGUGUCUUCUAUGCCAGCUAACCCAAACCACUUGCGUGCUGUAUGCACCGAGCAGAAGCACUUCAACUACAGCAUUCAAAAUGCUGUAGUCCUUAUCCCACUUUUUGAAUGGCUGAAACAAUUAGUUCUAACUAUACCAUCAGAUAGCCCAGAAGCAGAUGCAUCGAAGAUUGAAGCCCUUGGUAUACUGCUGAAGACAUUACAUAGCUCCUUCUUACACUGCCGUGUCAGCCGCUUUUUAUGUGCACAGGCAGGUCUAUUUGAAGCCCUUGCACAACUUCUUCUACCUCUCAUAAACACUAUGGAUUGCACUACAAUGUUUCAUAUGAAGUCAAUAAUAGUGUCAAUAUUAAAUAGUAUAACGGUUCUCAUGAAAAUUUCAGCUAUCGAGCACAUCGAUAUUAAGCAUGUGAAACGACUGCUUUUGAUGAUCGUGCACAGCUCGAAUGUUCGGCAACGCGAGAAAAUGGUACCAUUAGUAACCAAUAUUCUGAGCGAAGUCACUAAGACCUUUUUGUGUAAGCAGGUGACUGAACCACAAAACUACAUUGCUUUUCGCCGCAACAAUGGUAUUGCUGGGGUGAGGGCUAUGAUUCAAGAGUAUUCCGCUGAUGGUUACUCGAUUUUCCUAUGUGUGCGUGUGGAAAACGAUAUUCAGAACUUGAAUCGAACCGAAGAGCAAACAUCUCAGACUAUAUUCUCGUUGCAAAAUUCAGAUUUUAAGACUCAAUUGAAGCUCAACGUGUUGCUUACAACAGGGUGUCUCAGUAUAAUCUAUCUUGAUUCUCAGAAGCACAAUAUGGAGGUUGAUGUGGGUUUUUCAAUUCCUCUUGCUUCCUGGGUCCAUUUGGCUAUUGUCCACCGCCCUUACAGUUCAUUAACGAGGAGCAACAGAACCAAAAAUGUCACUAUUUUCAAGAAUGGAGAAGAGAAAUCCGCACGGCUUUCGGUUCAUUAUCCGAACGUAAUUAGGGGGUGGUUUCUUAUAGGUACAGAUAAUGAAGCGGUUGAUCGACUAUCCUCUGAUCAAGGCUUUGUCGGACAAGUGGCCAAUGUGCACUUUUUUACAAGACCGCUACAGCGCAAGGAAAUUAGCCAGCUAUGCAGUCGUACUUUAUGCAGGUACUGUAGGGAGACCGCGGCGAUGUUUAACACGGGUAGCGACGUAGACACUGCAGCCUGCAUUCAGUCUUCUUCAUUGCAAAGGCGGUCUCCUAUUGUGCGUCAACCUUCUUUGCCAUCUAUUCAGUCUUCAGAACAGGGAAGAACAGUAACAGACGUCCUAAGUGCUCCAGCAGUCAUAAGUGGUGAGACAUGGCCAAGAAUCGAGAACGAUUUGACGGUGCAGGCAGCUAUCUGUAUUGACCCGCGCUUAAGUGGGAAAGGGAAGCUUUACAAUCUUUCAAGUCUACUACGUGACCGCUUAGCUGAAAGCGAAUUGAUGGUUUUUGAAGGCACGUUGAUUUGCUGUUCGACAAGCAUUAUCGACGCAUUACAUGUACUAGGUGCAUUAUACACCGUAGUGAUGCCAAUUUUAAUGCUUUUAGUUAACUCACAGCUCCCAUUCUCAGAACGCACUCUUCUUCUUACAUUUUCUGAGCUUGAUGAGUGCAUUCACCAUGUAGAGGAUGCACCACUACCGACCAAUGAGGAUAAAGAACGUAAUGAAGCGCUCAGGGACAUGCUUCAGCUCCUCCACAUCUUAGCGCAUGAUGAUGUUGUGCACGUCGGUAUGACCGAAUCGUUUUUUUUCCUUUUCAUUGCUAAUGUUCUACAUAAGUUGGGGCCCAUAAUGGACGUGACCAUACCCGAGCAAAUCCAUUCCUUUUGUGUUGAGAAGCUCUUUUCCUCAGAUGUGCUUUUUGAGGCUGCUUAUACCGCAUUUUUUCUAUCUAGCAAUAUACUCCAUGCCUACCCAUAUACGACUCAGCUGGUUUCGAUCAACUGCCAACGGAUUUCUGCUUCCAUGAACAUCGAGGUCCGUUCUCGAAUUCGGGCACUCGGUGCUCAGAUGUUUAUUGUGUCAGAGAUUCAAUUCACCAUAUUACAUUAUAUGGCUGCUACCGUGUACCCCAGUGCGCAUGGAGAAGAGGAUACGAGUAACGAACAAAGUACAUCAUUCACCACAAAAGUCUUUUCACCACACGGAAAGAGUCUGCACGAGGAGUUGUUUCGCUUCUUUGAGGUUUUGACUGUGGACCCCAUCACUUUGACUGACGCAGUUUCGAUAUUACAUUUUACUUCUAUCCUUUAUCGCCACCACCGACAGCUUCCAGGUGACGAGCUCACUCAUGCUCUUCGCCGAAUUCGUAUCAUCCUCUUCACACGAAAUCCUUUAUUGUGCCAAUUUCUUGGUCGCGAGGACUAUCUUUCAGUUUUGUUACCAUUCUUGAAUUGUCUAACCGUUCCUGCCGAUGCGCAGCGGCAGGUACUCUUGCUGAUUAUUUUGCUCGUUAGCCGUUCUAAGCAUACGCAGAAAUACAUGAACCCGACACUUUUUAUUACAAAGGAUGCUGUCCACACACCACACGAUAUCUCGUUAGCAUGGUUGAAAGAGUAUUUAUGUCUUCGGCCCACUGAUAUUGCCUUGUAUCUAACCCUCCGUAGCGCACUCUUUGGAGACUUUGUGAUUUCAGAUCCGUUUCCAUUGGUAUAUACACCUCUUUCUGUCACAGGCCAGAUUGAAAUUCCUUCUGUAUUAGAACUUAUACUUUUGCUAAUUCAGACAUCUCAUGACUCCUUUUUGAGGCAAUGUGUACUCAAUGAUCUAGUGGAUUGCCUUAAAAAUGAGCCCAAGGCAUGGCAAAGACUAAUUUCCAUACAGGGUUGGCAUCUCUUGAUAACGGAUAUUUAUAAAUCUGAAAGAAAACGUUCAGCCGUUGACGUGAAGCCUCUAAAUGCAGACCUGGAAAUAAACAAAUGUGAUUCACUAAGCUUGUUACCUUUAUCAAUAUCGGCACCAUCCAGUAGUUCUACGCCAAGUGACGGAUUCCUUUUGAUAUGCUCCUUUAUUAUGUCUUUCACCUUGUCUCAGGCGUUGAUUAACACCAACUAUGCCGUUUCAGAACAGGAACUAUUAGUAAUGUAUCUGCAAGAUCAAGGUCUUCAUGUCCUAUUGAAUCAUGUCUUGUGUGGUGUGGCGGACUGCCUAAAAAGUAGACUUCUCACGAGCACAGAGACUAAUUCAAACAUGUUUAUACUUCCAAAUACAAAUGUAAUAUAUAAAAAUCUAGCCGCCUUUGUAUAUACGGUGGAGAAUGUGCUUUUCCACUCAGCGAGUUGUGGCUUUUCUUCUGGCAAUGAUACCAUGUUUCUGUCUGCACCCCACCCAAGUUCACUGAAAAGUACUGGCAAGCAUCGAUACAUCGAAUGGAAUGAGUUAGUUGUUGUCGUGAACCAAGACGCAGUGUCAUUUGUUGAAUAUACCGACUUGACAUUCUCUGUGAGCAACCCGCUGACAUUGCGCCCACCUGUCUAUUUGGAGGAUGCGGUUAAAUACGUCGGGGAAACACAUUUUGCAUCCCACGAAGGGAGGCGCGAUCUCCUCUCAUCCCCAGAUGGCCGCUGGUUCCACAUGAGCUUGGCUCUGAAGGUUGCGUACCUCCUUACCACUAACGAAUCGAUAUUAAACACCAGCUGCGCUCACCUGGCGAUGGGUGUAGAACCGGCACACACCUAUGAUACCAGGUGCCGCAGGGGCGGUUUCCUGCGCAUAUUUGAACGGCUAAUGCGCGUAGCAAGCAGCAUGAUGUUGAACUCGGUAGGCAGCAUCGAGGCAUUACUUAAGCUUCUGGAUCGCUACACGAACCUUGUGACGGUAGCGCCCAGCGGAUUGCUUUCCUUGAUCAGAUCCAAGGCUAUUGAUAGCCAAAAGAAUCAUUCACCGCUGACCAUCAGCAUGUCUAUGAUGUAUUUUAUUCAAAAUUUGGUCCUUCGGCGACUACAUGUAGCCGGUAUUGACAACAUUAUACGAUACUCCGACACUAACGCCGAUCUGAUUAAAUAUUUUAAGCGUCUUUUCGGUAUUUUUAAGAUUUUUUUCGAGAAAAUGAUUGUGUUUGCUUCUCAAAGUGACAAAUCUUUGAACUUGCGCGCUUCGGAGGAGACUGGAUUCCGCUGUAAUACUCCGAGAACGUUUAAUUGGCUAUGUGAUGGCUCAAGUUGUACCCCAUCUUCUCUAAUCGAUGAAUUUCUCAAAGUGAGUUCUCGCGUCGACUACAGUGUCUUUUUGAAGCGAUGUAUGUUAGCCAUGGAGCGGAAUAACUACGAGGCCAAAGCGGUUGCGGAUGGGGUUCCCAUGGAACGCCAACAUGCCAUUUCUCGACUUCGGGAAAUGAUCUCCGGGUUUGAUGAGACUCGGAAAGUCGUGCUGGACUCGAUUGAGUGUCUCUUUAAGGCUGGUGCAUCCAAAGCAUCUGAUACGCGCUUUACGUUAGUUGGCAGCCAAGGUGCCUCGGAGGCCUUGCGGACGGCGGCGUCCACACCCCUUUCGGCGGUGGUGGCACGCUUCAUGGAGCACAUUAAGAACACCAUAUGGAACCAAGAGCUGGAGGGCCAAUCUGGAGGCAUUCAGUUUGUGAGGUUAUCGCUGGAGGAGCAGCAGCCAUUAAUGCGUUCUAAGAUUGUUUUGGACAGAGGUGGCACGAACCAUCGGGCGGUGAGCGGGCUGAGUGGUAAUAUAAUCCAGUCGUCAUCAUCUGGACUGGCUCCUGAUGGGGAUAAAAAGCGACUUACUCGCACUCGUUUUUGCCUAAGCGACAGUGAAGAGUCUCAAUGGGAACAGGGUGUCACAGAGGAUGACAAGGGAAGACUGGGAACAGAGGGGGAGAUUAAUUUUGAAAUAGAGAAAGACAAUUUUUGGCCCAAUAAGAUAUUUAGCCCUACCUACUCUCAAAUUACUUCUGAAGCCACUGCCUUUGGCAAUGGAGUCCCUGACGAUGUGUUUAGCAAUGCGACGAACUUAAAUUUGCCUCCCAUAGUCUUGUCUAUCCCAUGCGAAAUGUCAUACAUGAUGCAUUGCUGGAGUGCAAUGUUUGUUAUCCGUGGUAUGUCAAUAGAUGUCAUUAUUGACAAAGAAAACAAGUCGUAUAAUCAGCAAAUUUCGCCUGGGGCACAGCCUUUUCUUAUUCGACCUCAAAAUUUUGGCUUCGGCAUUGCUAUGAUUGCGCAAGUUGCACCAGGGCGUCGCUUUCGCAUGAAGCGCACAGCUAUGGAAUUUUGGCUGCAUAAUCGUCGCAGUUGUCUUUUAAACUUUUCCGAAACAGCUACAAUGCGACUUGCGCUGAGGGAAAUAAUCAGAAAAGUCGUUGCGAUCCAUCGUCUCCGUGAUCCACGUCGUGUAGUAUCAAUUCGUAGUUUCUACGUUUUGCAAGAGAAUCCUCUUAAAGAACCACUUCUUAAAUGGUCUCAGGAUCGCUGGUUGAGUCGUGAAAUGUCGAAUUUUGACUACUUAAUGUGUCUCAAUUUACUCGCAGGACGAUCGGUAAAUGACAUGGCACAAUACCCAGUCUUCCCAUGGAUCCUCGCUGAUUACACAAGUGAAACCCUUGACUUAGGAAACCCCGAAACUUUUCGGGAUCUUUCAAAGCCUAUCGGUGCAUGCGGCGACGACAAACGUCGCGAGCGUGUUAAAGAACUCUACGAAGAAACAAAGGCAAUGGGCGAUGUACCAUCACAUUAUUUCACCCACUACAGCUCCGCUGCUGUGGUGCUCUACUACCUAAUGCGGUUGGAGCCCUUCACGACGUUGUAUAUCCUGCUUCAAGGAGGCCAAUUUGAUCACCCAGACCGGAUGUUUCACAUUAUGUCGACUGCGUUUAAUGGGAUCAUCAAUAACAUGCAAGACACUCGCGAACUUAUCCCAGAGCUCUUUUACAUGCCGGAGCUUUGUGUAAACUCCAAUGACGUGUUUUUUGGCAGAAAACAGAACAAUGAGUUGGUGGACAACCUUGUGCUCCCACCUUGGGCGAACAGCUCACCUCACAAUUUUAUUUAUCAUAUGCGUGAAGCUCUGGAAUGCGAUUACGUUUCCUCGAUGCUUCACCAUUGGAUUGACUUAAUCUUUGGCAUACAGCAACGGGGUAAGGAUGCAAUUAAGGCUCUUAACGUGUUCAGAUGGCAUUCGUAUGAGGAUCUGGAAUCAAGUCACAGUAGCGAAGUCGAUCGGCAUCAGCUACUGGAUAUACUAGAUAACAUUGGCCAAACACCGAUACAGCUGUUCCGACAAAGUCAUCCCUCGCGACGGCCACGGGAGCUCCUCGAUCCCUUGAUCAGCCAGGUUAGCCUCAAGAUCGUGUCGCUGCAUUGGAAAUCUCCAAAGGGCAUAGCACUGAUUUCAUUCAAUAUCUCUGGGAAUGCGAUUGUAGUGAACAAAAAUGGUGCGGCCAUCACACUUAAACUAGCUAUUUUGCCUCUCAAACAUCCUGUCAAAUCCCGAAAAUAUCAGCGAUUGUCAUCUGGAUGCCAUUCUACACUCUCAUCGACUGCUUCGUCUGUAAGCACAAAGGAUUUUCUACAUCUGGCGUCAGGAGUCAGUAAUGAUAGGGUCGACCCAUUUCAGUCUUCAACGCCUGAUUCUCUAUCGCGCAGUGAGGUUGUCAACGAGCUAGGGGUUUCCGAGCAUUCCUCAUCCUUGUUGUCACCACAGCGAAACGAUAGGGAGGAGAAAUCCAGCUUUGAUAUUAGCGAAUAUUUAGAAUUUCGCACAACGACAGCCCCACUUAGUGUCAUUUAUGACAACAUAGGAACAGGGGAUGGGCCCUGCUCUCCGGAAAACGCCGUGUUGCUUUGUUUUGAUGGGGAAUCCUUCAUUGCGCUGGGAGGCCUGUUUGACCAUUCCGUCACUAUUCGUCAUUUAUCUCAAGCGGUCGAAGAUGUCCAUCUUCGCGUGCACCGCGGGCGCGUGAUUCGACUUGCAGCGAGUUAUGACAGCCACUACCUCGUCACCGGUUCUGAGGACACCACAUUUGUGGUGUGGACUUGCCAUUUACCCCGAGGACAACGGCAGCUGGAAGUGAAACCGUUUUUUACUAUCUACAGACACGAGGAUUUGCCCACGGCAGUACAUCUGUGCUCCACGUUGGGUGUCGUCGCAACCGCAUCCAUGGAUGGGGUACUGAUGCUGCAUUCACUGAACACAACCAGCCUGGAGCGCACUCUUCGGCAUCCACGGCAACACCCGAUUCACAGUAUUCUUAUUCAAUCCACCUGCUACGUGCCUAAUAUACUUUUCUAUUCUAAAAUGGACCACAUAGUUCAUCAAAUUAAUCUUAAUGGGACUAUGUUGCAUUCUUUUUCGACACCAGGCCGUUUGAUGUGCUGGGUCACGACCUCGGAGCAGUAUCUUCUGAUGCAUUGCGUCCCUUUCAACAGAGUGGUGGAUACGACUGCGCAUCACUCUAAUUUUUCAGAAGAGGGUUCAGUACUUUGCACACCAGCCAUCCUCUUUGUACACUCAUUCUUCAUGAAAACAUUACGUACAGUUUCGCUGCCUAUGGAUACAACCUUGUCAACCAUGGCGUGCAAUCGAAGGAACCCGCAAGUGAUGCUGUUAGGAGACAUAAAAGGCAACCUAACUUUACUUCGUACUUGUGCUCCGAAAUCCGCUGUGUUGAUAUAA